AUGGCCUCUUCCCCUGCGGAUGCGUCCCACAGGCGGCGAGAAAAGCGAAGGCAGCUGGACGCUCGCCGCAGCAAGUGUCGAAUACGUCUGGGCGGACACAUGGAGCAAUGGUGCCUCCUGAAAGAGCGACUGGGCUUCUCCUUGCACUCACAGCUCGCCAAGUUCCUGUUGGACCGGUACAUUUCUUCCGGCUGUAUACUCUGUGCAGGCCCUGAACCUUCAUCCCCCAAGGGUCUGCAGUACCUUGUGCUCCUGUGUCAUGCUCACAGUCAAGAGUGCAACAUGGUACCCGGCUUUCGAGGGCCUGGGGGCCGUGAUGGGGGACUCGUGUGGGAGUGCUCAGCAGGCCACACCUUCUCCUGGGACCCCUCUUUGGGCUCCACACCUCCAGAAGUGCCGAGGCCAGUCCCUCUUCGUCGCUCUGCCCGGAGAAGCUGGUGUUCAGAGACCAGGAGUGGACAGGAGCCUGCAGGUUUGGAAUCUGAGGAUGGUGAGAAGACUCAUGAGACCAGGUUGUCAAGGGGGGUAGGCCCACCACCAGAGACUUCCCUGCCCCCAGGAGAGGAAGAGAAGGAGGAAGAAGAAGAAGAAGAGGAGGAGGAAGAGGAGAUGCUCAGUGAUGCCAGUCCAUGGACCUACAGCUCCUCCCCAGAUGACAGUGAGCCAGAUGCCCCCAGGUCUCCCAGACCACCUCCUGCCUCUCUCACCCACUCCCUUAAAGAGGAGGAGACACCACCUGCCCCUUCUGAUCUCCCUACUUCUCUGGCUCCACUAUCGUCUUCAGUAUCCUCACUGGGCUCUGGAAUUCCUCUGACUACAGAAGUCAGGAUACAACCAGAGCUUAGUGGGACCCCUCAGGCAGCCCAGGAGACUGAGCCCCCAGCCAGCCCUGGGAGUCAGGCCCAGUCUGCUCCAGCCCCCUCUUGGGAUGAAGAAACUGCACAGAUCGGCCCCAAGAGAAUCAGGAAAGCUGCUAAAAGAGAGCUUCUGCCUUGUGACUUCCCUGGCUGUGGAAAGAUCUUCUCUAACCGGCAGUAUUUGAAUCACCACAAGAAGUACCAGCACAUCCACCAGAAGUCCUUCUCCUGUCCAGAGCCAGCCUGUGGGAAGUCUUUCAACUUUAAGAAACACCUGAAGGAACAUGUUAAGUUGCACAGCGACACCCGGGACUACAUCUGUGAGUUUUGCGCUCGGUCGUUCCGCACCAGCAGCAAUCUUGUCAUUCACCGACGUAUCCACACUGGAGAGAAACCCCUACAGUGUGAGAUCUGUGGGUUUACCUGCCGCCAGAAGGCUUCCCUGAACUGGCACCGACGCAAGCAUGCAGAGACGGCAGCUGCCUUGCUCUUCCCCUGUGAGUUCUGUGGAAAGCGGUUUGAAAAGCCGGACAGUGUUGCAGCCCACUGUAGCAAAAGCCACCCAGUCCCACUUCCGAGCCCACAGGAGUCAUCCAGCCCUGUGGAACCUUGUCCCAGUGUCUGUGUCCCAGGGCCUCUAGAGCCCAGCGAGGCCACUGGAGCUAGCUCCUCCCUGUCCCCUCCAGCUCUGGUCCUGCUCCCUCAGAAAUGA